CUGGACAUUCUGCUGGCCACAGAGAUCAGAAUGCGGCCCUGGAGCCCACACUUGGAGAAGACGGGGUUCUCCUGGGCUGUGCACCCCCCACCGCCUAACGCCCAGCAAGGAGCCUGAGAUGCCCGGCGGGGUGGGGAGUAGUUAGUGAGUUACACAGUUGACAGGUGCACACGACAUCCAUGCUGCCGGAGCAACUAUUUGUAACUUUCGUGGGUCCAAGGAACCCUCUGAAAGUCUGAUGAAACCCAGGACCUUCUCAGAAGAAUUCCAUCGCCCCACCCAUCCAUGCACAUUUUCCCCUAAAGAGCCCCCGGGAGUCCACAGACCCCACGGUGAAGCCUCUGGCCCAAGGCGGGCACUGGCACUUUCUAGCGUCUAUAUUGAAUUCCGUCCCUGGCCCCGCGGAGCACCUGAAGCCCCGCCUGGGGCGCAGACUGGCUGUGGGGCGUGGACGGUGGCCUCACUUCGCCUCCUUCCGUUCGGGGGCCCCGAGUGGUCCAGUCGGAGCGGGGCGGGGACCAGGAGGCGGGCCGCACCUGAGGACACCCGAGGCGAGCGGACCGCGGGACCCGCCGCUGCACCCACCGCCGCGGGACUCAGAGCCGAGGACCGCGCCGCCGCCGCAGCCGCGGGCCGGGUUCCCAGCGCCGCCCCGGGCCGCCGCCAGAGCCAUGAAGAUGCAUUUCUGCAUCCCGGUGUCCCAGCAGCGGCCCGACGCGCUGGGGGGCCGCUACGUACUGUAUUCCGUGUACCUGGACGGGUUUCUGUUCUGCAAGGUGCGUUACAGCCAGCUGCAUCGUUGGAACGAACAGCUGAAGCAGGUGUUUGGAAAUUGCCUGCCACCCUUUCCACCCAAGUACUAUCUUGCAAUGACCACAUCUAUGGCUGAUGAGAGAAGGGACCAGUUAGAACAGUAUUUACAAAAUGUAACCAUGGACCCAAACAUGUUGAGAAGUGAUGUCUUCGUUGAUUUUUUAAAACUGGUGCAGCUGGACACAUUCAGCAUGGCCACCGAGAAAGUGUCUCUGGAUAUAUUUCUGCCCGAUGGAAGGAGCAUUAAAAUCGAAAUUCUAACAUCAGAUACUGCCGAAAGAGUCCUGGAGGUGGUGUCACACAACAUUGGACUGUGUCAGGAGCUGCUGGGAUACUUCAGCCUAUUUCUCAUUCAGUUUUGCAAAGAAGGCAGGCUGUCUGUCAUGAAAAAAUUGGCAGACUUUGAACUCCCAUGUGUUAGCCUUCGAAGUUCUGAAGUGGAAAACUGCAAGGUUGGACUCAGGAAGUGGUACCUGGACCCAUCCCUGGAUGCCAGGCUGAUGGACUGCAGAACGGCUGUAGAUCUGAUCUACAUGCAGGCAAUACAGGACAUUGAAAAACAAUGGGCCAAACCCACAGAGGUGCAGAGGCAGAAAUUAGAGGCUCUCCAGAAAGAAGACAACCAAACAAAGUUUUUGGAGCUCGCCCGGGAGGUCCGGCACUAUGGAUACGUGCAGCUGGAACCCUGCACCUGUGACCACCCAGAACCCGGCUGCCAGGCCCUUCUUUCCAUCGGCAAUAAUGAGAUCAGCUGCUGCAUAACCCUGCCUGAUAACCAGACCCAGGACGUCAUUUUCCAGAUGGACAGAGUGAAGUGCUGGCAGGUCACUUUCCUUGGGACUCUGCUGGAUACGGAUGGGCCACAGCAAACUCUCAACCAGAACUUAGAGCUCAGAUUUCAGUAUUGCGAGGAUAGUCACUGGCGGUGGUUUGUUUUUUACACCAGACAGGCUUUUUUGCUGAGUAGCUGCUUGAAAAAGAUGAUCUCAGAAAAGAUGGUAAAGCAAGCUGCAGAGAAUCCAGAAAUGCAGAUUGAAGUUCCAGAACAAGGCAAAAGUAAAAAAUACCACAUUCAACAAAACCAGAAAGACUAUUCUAGUUUUCUGCCAAGAAAAAGCAAGAUUAAGAUAGCUGAAGUUGACUGUGGUUUUGGGACCAUAAAGGAAGAUCUUUGAAGACAAAAUCUAACUUCUUAAAAUGGUCUUAAAGGUGAUCUUGACCAUGAAAGGGCUUGGAAGUUGAAAGUGGGCUUCCUACCACCAAUGGAAGAAAUGUGAGCCUUCCCAUUUUUUUCCUGGAUGGACCAUAUUCAUCAAGACUACUUCAGAACUCUGUUUAUCUCAAGAUAUACAGUUUGUUUUUAAUGACUUAUAAAUGACAAAUGGCGAAUCUGAAUCAAUUAGUACAAACCUCCUUCUUUUUUCUUCCCCUAAAAUAUAUAUUGUCCUGGCUUCAUGAAGCCUUUUAUAUGUUCUGAUAUUGCGUGACUGAAAGACCUAAUCUAAAACACUACAAAUGCAUUUGGGGUUAAGAUCUGAAGACAUGACUCAUCAGCUGUGGCUCUAAGAAAUGGAAUCAUUGAAAAAGAAAUCUGGACUUCACUGAUCCGUCCAAAGCAUCAGAACAAGGAGGUGAUGAAACACCAAUUUGUUUUCUUAUGUAACUCUGAGCCUACCAAUAUGGAUGUACUCAAAGUAAUAAGCUGCCCGGUGCUGUUUCUCCACAGUUGUAGAUGCGUUCUGUCCUUAGUAUACUGAGUUCAGUUCAACAGUCAUGACGCUAUUUUGGAUAUUUUUAUUUUGGAAACCAAGGGGACCCUUCACUCAAUAUCAAAUAUCUUAGCUUUAAAAUGAUGUAUACUUUUUCACUAGAUUUUUCCUUAUCCAGUUUCAGUUCAUCGUGAUAACGAAUAGAAUUAUACACAGAAUUAAUAUUGCAAUAAGGGAGAGGGACAGAGGAAUCAAUGUAAUCAGAUAAAGUGUGAUAUUCUAAUGUUCUUUUCUAACUGUGUUGUGUAACUAAUUCUAUAAUAAAUAGGAAUAUAUUCUAGUGAGUGUACAAUUUGUUGGUGAAAAAGUUCUGUGAAUGAUUUUUUGAAGUGUAGAAUCUAUUAAAGCCCUAUUAUAUUUAUAA